CCGGCCCCUCGCCCCGCCCGGAUAUCCGGCCUGGCCCCGCCUCCCGGCUGCCGGGCCGAUGGCGCUGUGCGAGGCGGUGGUGUGCGGAAGCUCUCUGCUCUGGCCUCGGGUGUUGCUCUUCGGCGACUCCAUCACCCAGAUGAGAGCCCCAAGCAGCACACGCCCUGGGGGAGCGCGCCGCGAACCUGACGUGCACUGCACUGCACCGCACCUGCACUCCGUGGGCGUGCCCGAGGGCAGGCUUAUCCUCAUGGACGCGCCGUUCUGUGAGACCGCGUGGGGACAGCAGUGCCUCCGGCAAGGGUGCAAAUUAAAUCGCCUCAACUCGGUCGUUGGUGAAUAUGCCAGGGCCUGUUUACAAGUAGCCCAAGACUGUGGGAUUGAUGCACUUGACCUGUGGACCCUGAUGCAGAAGGACAGUCAGGACUCUUCUUCCUAUUUGUCAGAUGGACUACAUUUAUCACCAAAAGGAAAUGAGUUUUUGUUCUCCCAACUUCGGCCUUUGUUGAUAGAGAAGAAAGUCUCUUCCCUGCCUUUGCUGCUCCCUUACUGGCGAGACAUAGCAGAAGCAAAAGCAGAACUAAGUCUUCUGGGAGAUGGGGACCACUAGUCACAGAAAACCAAGUCCAGCUGUUAAUCUACACAAAGACCCCAAGAUGAGUGGUCCCAGAAGAUUCUUUUCUCAGGUUUAAACCUUUGCUCAUGACCCUGCAAUAAAAAUAACUAACAAACAUCUGCCACCAAGAUUAAUAAAAGCAUUGGAAUUUUUCAGGACAGCUUUGUACCUAGGUACAUUGUGGUUUGAU